AUGACGGUGUCCAAGCGAUCGCUGGAGGAGGAUGAAGACAACUGUCCCACCACGACAUCUUCAUCUACAUCGUCCUUCCGCAAUGUCUCCGCCUGUAAUCGCUGCCGUCUGCGCAAGAACCGAUGUGAUCAGCGACUGCCUGCUUGUGCAUCGUGCGAGAAAGCGCGUGUCAAAUGCGUGGGCUACGACCCCAUAACGAAGAGGGAGAUACCCAGAAGUUACGUCUACUAUCUAGAAUCCCGUGUCAAGUAUCUAGAACGAUUACUGAAAGACACCUCGAUCGACUUCCUAACCCCGGACAACUUCAAUCCAGAUCUCGAGGCGUCUGGCGCACCGGACAAACAGAAACGCCCUUCGGACAAUGGACCUUAUGAUAAUUCGCCUAGCGCCGCUGGUGCAGACACAAGCGGGAAAGAUGAAAAAUAUGAUAGAGAGAAAUUGACCAAACUAGUCUCGAACAUUGGAAUGGUGUCAGUGCAGGGAGCCUCUGACCCAAGGUUCUUGGGCUCCACGUCAGGCAUCUCCUUCGCAAGAGUAGUUUUCGCAGCUGUGAAAAGCUCCAUGUCUGGCGCAUCUUCAGAACGCGGAAGUGCGCGCGGUAGUAAAGCAACCUUGCAAGCCGCCGCGGUCAGUGGAGGCACAUCCAUGAGAGAUUCCUUCUUCGGCCUCCAUACGAAGCCUACCAUCAAACAAGCUCCGUUUCCCGAUCGUGAGCUAGGUCUCAAGCUUGCAGAACUCUAUUUUGAGCAUGCAAACCCCCAGAUUCCCAUCUUGCAUCGAGGCGAGUUCAUGAAAAUGUUCGAGCGGGUGUACCAGGAUGAUGAGAGGAAUCGGACGGCCCGUGAGUCAUACAUGCUGAAUAUCGUGUACGCCAUAGGCUCUGGAAUCAUCAUGGGAAGUUCCGAAAGCGGUGACUCGCCUGAAUCUGAGGACAAUGGUCCGGCUGCGAAACCUCCGAGUCCUCCUAGCAACAAGAGACGGAGAUUGACUGCAGUCCAGCAUCAGCCUGAAGAAUAUCAUGCGUCCGCGAUCAUACAUCUAGAAUCUUUCUUGGGUGCAAACUCCGCAGCUGAACGCCCAGAAGGCUUUGGCGGUGGCUUAGAAGAACUACAAGCAGUCUUGCUGCUGGCUGGUUUCGCUCUACUUCGACCCGUAGCUCCUGGCUUGUGGUAUAUUGUAGGAGUUGCAGUCCGUUUGGGCGUCGAUCUCGGGCUCCAUUAUGAGGAUGGCCUCGGGAUCGACAGCCCCGUAGUUGAGACAGAUGGUAGAAGUCGAAAGCCAUCUAGUGAAUCCUCAGAGAGCGCGAACGCGAAUAGUCAGAGAGUUGACGCGAAAGAGCGAGGCCGCAGACAAUGGGUACGAGACCUGCGAAGGAGAUUAUGGUGGUGUGUCUACUCCUUCGAUCGCCUCGUGAGUACCUGCGUAGGUCGCCCUUUCGGAAUCACUGAUCAGGUCAUCACCACCGAAUUCCCCUCUUUACUAGAUGAUAAAUAUAUCACACGAGAGGGGUUUAUCACUCCGCCAAAUGGCUCGGAGAAGCCUAGCUAUAAAUGCGUAACGUACCAUUACAUUCGAUUAAGACUACUGCAAUCAGAGAUCUUGCAGGUGCUACAGUAUAAGCAGGCUCAACAAGUUCGAGCCAACGGAGCCAACCAGACGAAUGCCUUUAUGCAUACCGGGCUGCCCUCCCCAUUCUUGUCAGGAUUUGCUGACUUCCGCUCGUGGAGAGUGGACAUCGACCGCAGAUUAUGGGAAUGGAAGGAAUCUGCCCCAAGCCAAAUCGAUGCUGGCGUUCAAUUCUCACCACUAUUCUUAGAGCUGAAUUAUUGGCAAGCAGUUAUUAUGCUCUAUAGACAGAGCUUGAUUAUACCCUCAGCUCUUGCUGGUGAACUUGGAGACACCAACGGAGAUGUUACCAGCCCUUCAACUAUGGUCGAGGACCGCGAAGAUGAAGACACGGUCUACUUGAAGGUUGCAGAAGCUGGCCAAAAGGUCUUGAAAAUCUACCGGCAAUUACAUCGCGUGCAUUUGGUCAACUACACAUUCUUGGCAACACAUCACCUCUUCAUGGCCGGUAUAUCAUUCUUGUAUGCAAUCUGGCAUUCUACCGCAGUCCGGAGCCACUUGGUCAGUAUGCUCCAUCCUGGUUUCGUGUUUCUGCUUACGUUUGAUCCACAGACACUCGAUGAUGUUGAUUUUACCGUUCUCGCCGCUACGUCUGUUCUAGGAGAUCUAAUCGACAAGUGUCCGCCAGCAGAAGCAUGCAGGGAUGCUUUCGAUCGUAUGAGCAAAGCAACAAUUCAGAUGUGCAUGUCUACGACUGGUUUUGGCUCAGCAUCUCGCGUCGCCCAGUACCAGUCCACGAUUUCUCCUAUAAGUAGUCGAGCCGACGAGAGCUCAGACACUGAAAUGGGCAGCUCGGGGUAUCAGGGAGGAGGGUACUUCCAGCGACACUCCCGAAGAUCUGCUCCACGCUUUGAUAUGAACCUCCGCGAUCUCUUCAGUGAUGAAGAAACCGACGUGCGAUCUUUCGGUCGCAUCAGCAAUCAAAUAGGCCGGCCUGGGCAUCUACAACAACAAUUACUUCAACAAGAUCAUCUUCAUCAGCGACAAUCACUUCAGCAGCAGCAAGAACAACAACAUCAACAUCAACAUCAACAUCAACAAUUACUUCAACAAGAUCAUCAUCAUCGUCAACAUAAACAGCAUAUCAAACCGGAACCGUCUGUGUCCCCUACUACACGUACUCACGAUCCCCCACAACCACAAGUUUUUAACCCUAACGACCCAACGAUCAAUCCACCUAUAACGCUCUCUCCCCAAUCGCAUCAUUCCCAUGUACAACAUCAACACCAACAGCAUCAGGUGCAAGUCUCGCCAUACCAGCUUACAAACACCCAUCCUUACUCUAAUUUUGCCUCUUCGAUCUCCAAUACCUACCCUGAUCUUGGACCCUUCUCAGACCUCGACUUCUUAGACUCAUUCCCCGUACAGGGCGCCUCCUCGGGACUGACAGGAAUUCACGGCAACGGACAAGGCGACGUAGGAGGUGGUGCUUCAAGUGGGCUUGAUCUGGGCUUUGGUAUGGGCUUCGAUGGUAAUCAUGACUGGAGUGAAGGCAGUGGGGUGGAUCUGUUCGAUGGAUUCUUUUUCGGGGGCAGUGGUGGGGGUUUAUGA